AUGGCAAAACUUGUGAUUGAAGUUCUUGAAGCCAGUGAUUUGAUGCCGAAAGAUGGACAUGGCUCAGCCAAUCCCUUUGUAGAAGUAGAUUUUGAUGAACAGCGCCAACGAACCUCAACAAAGCUUAAAACUCUCAACCCUUCGUGGAAUGAAAAACUCGUUUUCGAUAUAAAAAACCUGAGAAAUCUUCCAAACAGAACCAUCGAAGUUCUUGUUUACAAUGAUAAUAAGCAUGGUCAUUACAAGAAUUUUCUUGGAAAAGUUAGAAUUUCUGGGAUGUCUAUUCCUUCUUCUGAAUCUGAACCAAUGAUCCAGCGCUACCCUCUUGAUAAAAGAGGGAUUUUUUCGCAUAUAAAAGGUGACAUUUCUUUGAAGAUUUAUGCAGUACUGCACGGGACUGAAAAUCUGAAGACGGAGUCUUUUCAGGCAGCAGCAGCAGAAGAAAUGCAGAAUCUGAAAAAUAUGGAAUUUCGCGAGAGAAACAAGAAGAAAAAGAAGGAAAAAGAUUUGAGGACAUUUCACUCAUUAGGAGACGUUUUGGAGAAUCCUGCAGAAAAGCCUGUGAUAAUUGAAUCCAAGAGUGAUCUUUCCAGGGCAAUGCAUAUGCAGUUUCCAGGGCAGAAACCUGAGUAUGCACUGGUGGAGACUAGGCCACCAUUGGCUGCACGGAUGGGCUACUGGGGACGGGACAAGACUGCGAGCACCUACGAUUUAGUUGAACAGAUGAAUUUUUUGUAUGUUAAUGUUGUCAAGGCUAAUGAUCUUCCAGUAAUGGACAUAUCAGGGAGUCUUGACCCAUAUGUUGAAGUGAGAAUUGGGAAUUACAAAGGGGUGACUAAUCAUUUCGAGAAAAAUCAGAAUCCUGUCUGGAACAAAGUUUUCGCAUUUGCUAAGGAAAGACUACAAUCCCAUUUGAUUGAAAUCACUGUCAAGGAUAAAGAUGUAGCCAAGGAUGAUUUUGUAGGGAGAAUUGUGUUCGAUAUCGCGGAAGUGCCUGAUCGCGUGCCACCAGAUAGUCCUCUUGCACCACAAUGGUAUAGGUUGGAGAAGAAGACAGGGCAGCAAAUGAGCAACGGUGAAAUCAUGCUUGCUGUUUGGAUGGGAACACAAGCAGAUGAAGCAUUCCCUGAAGCCUGGCAUUCUGAUUCUCAUAGCAUGAACCAAACAAGCCUUACUGAUACGCGAUCAAAGGUUUAUUUUUCACCAAAAUUGUAUUAUCUCCGAGUACAUGUUAUUGCAGCACAGGAUCUUGUUCCCAGUGAUAAAGGUCGAAAUUUAGAAACGUCUGUCAGGAUAAAGCUUGGCGAUCAAGGCAGGGUAACGAGGAAUUCUCCAAUAAAACAUAUCAAUCCUGAAUGGAAUGAGGAACUGAUGUUCAUUGCAUACGAGCCGUUUGAUGAGUAUAUGGUCUUCAGUGUUGUAGAAAGUGGAGGGGGAAAAGAAGAAGUUCUUGGAAUGCUGAUGAAAUCAGUUAGAGAAUUUAAACAUCGGCUUGAAACUUCUAAACUUCCUGAUGCUGAGUGGUUUAGCCUCUAUAAGCCGUACGUGGCUGAGGAAGAAAGUGACAUGCAUAGAAAAGAAGGAACAUUUAGGACACGAAUUCUUCUUCGACUAUGGAUUGAUGCCGGUUACCAUGUUCUUGAUGAAUCUCAACAUUUUAGUAGUGAUCUUCAGCCAGCAGCAAAGAUUUUGAGGAAAUCCCCCGUCGGAAUUCUUGAGGUGGGAUUUCUGGGAGCUCAGAAUCUGUUGCCAAUGAAAGAUGAAACUACAGAUGCUUAUUGUAUAGCAAAGUACGGGACCAAGUGGGUCAGAACAAGAACUCUUGCCGACACCCUGAAUCCUCGUUGGAAUGAACAAUAUACGUGGGAAGUUUUUGAUCUAUGCACAGUAAUAACAAUUGGCGUUUUUGAUAAUUGCCACAUAACUGGAAAAGAAGAUGCCAAAGAUCAAAGAAUUGGAAAGAUAAGAAUCAGGCUUUCAACAUUAGAAACUGAUCAAAUUUACACCCAUUUUUAUCCAUUGCUUGUACUUGAACCUUCUGGUUUAAAGAAAAAUGGCGAACUCCAUCUGUCAAUUCGGUUCACCUGCACUGCCUGGGUAAACAUGAUUGCACAAUAUAGAAAGCCAUUGUUUCCAAAAAUGCAUUAUGUUCAUCCCAUUUCUCUCCGCCAUAUCGAGUGGCUGCGCCACCAGGCAACAGAUAUAGUUGUUAAGAAGCUCGCCAGGGCGGAGCCGCCGCUCAGGGGAGAGACUGUGGAGUACAUGUUGGAUGUGGAUUACAAUGCAUGGAGUCUACGGCGUAGCAAAGCGUAUUUUUCCCGGAUAAUGGUGCUUAUGAAUGGGAUUUCGUACGUUCUCAGAUGGUUUGAUGGAAUCUGUUACUGGAAAAACCCCAUGACGACUAUUCUUGUUCAUAUAUUGUUCUUUAUAUUGAUUUGCUACCCGGAACUUAUUUUGCCUACAUUUUUCCUCUACCUGUUUGUUAUCGGAUUAUGGAACUACCGAUUCAGGCCGAGGCAUCCACCUUAUAUGGAUGCCCAGCUUUCACAAGCAGAUAUAGCUCAUCCAGACGAAGUCGACGAGGAAUUCGACUCAUUCCCGACUUCCAGGCAGACAGAUAUUGUGAAAAUGAGGUAUGACAGGUUGCGCAGCGUCGCAGGCAAAGUCCAGACUGCGGUUGGUGAUUUGGCAACACAAGGAGAGAGGGUUCUUGCCGUAUUGAGCUGGAGGGACCCUAGAGCUACGGCUCUAUUCAUCCUCUUUUCAUUGAUCUGUGCCGUGUUUUUAUACAUUACUCCGUUCCAAAUCGUGGCAGUAAUCAUUGGGAUUUAUGUGUUACGCCAUCCUAGAUUCAGGUCUAAAUUGCCAGCAGUACCUAUCAACUUCUUCAGGAGAUUGCCAUCCAAGUCCGACAUGCUUCUAUGA